CAGCUGUAAAAAAUACACCUAAAAAAUAAUAAAAUUAAAACCGAAUAAACGGAAAACGACAAAAAAAAAUUGCUUCACCGACACGCGUUAAAAAUCACCCGAAAGAUAAUCAUUUGAAUUUUAAAUGAGCCCAGGAUCUUGCUCCAUUUUUUGUGUGUGCUCUGUUCUGUUCUGAGCUCGGGUUACCGAGUUCUUCUAUAAAAGAGUGUUUGCUCCGGUCUCGGGUUUCAGACGCAAUCAAGAUGUUCCAGUGGCUGGUGUGGUGUCUCCUGCUCCCGGUUUUGGCCUCCGCCAAGGUCUUCGAUCGCUGCGAGCUGGCCCAUCUCCUCCAGCAUCGCUUCGGUCUGCCAGCCCCUCAAGUAGCCACCUUGGUGUGCAUCGCUCAGCACUCGAGUGACUUCAAUACGGCUGCCUUUGGCGGAGGCACGGGCCUGGGCGGAGGAUCCCACGGCCUUUUCCAGAUCAGCGACGUCUACUGGUGCUCGCCGCCGGGCCAGGGCAAGGGAUGUGGAGUGAGUUGUUCGAGGCUGCGGGACGACGACAUCGCCGACGAUGUCCUGUGUGUGAGGAAGAUCUACGCGGAGCAUCAGAGGAUAAGUGGCGACGGGUUCACGGCUUGGCAGGCCUACGCCGCCUACUGCAAGGACCCAGGAUCCUAUGUGGCGGGCUGUGGCGUGCAGCAAGUAGGUGCAGGUGCUCUGGCAGUGGCAUCAUCAUACCAAAGACCGCAGCAAGUUCAGGUCCACAGCUACCCCGCCGCGAAUCACUACCAGCAAGUGACGCAGAUCCAGCCCCAGGGAAAGAUCUACAGCCGCUGUGAACUGGCCCAGGAACUGUACUACCAGCACAAGCUGCCCAUGCCCCAGAUCCCCACCUGGGUGUGCAUAGCCCAGCACGAGUCCUCCUUCAACACGGCGGCGGUGGGACGUCUCAACGCGGAUGGCAGUGCCGACCACGGCCUGUUCCAGAUCAGCGAUCUCUUCUGGUGCACCCACGAUCAGCAGGGCGGAAAGGGAUGCCAUGCCACCUGCAACCAGUUCCUGGACUCGAGCAUAGCCGACGAUGUGCAGUGCAUCCGGAGGAUUCACCAGGAGCACACUCAGAUCUCCGGAGAUGGCUUCAACGCCUGGACGGUCUACAAGAGGAACUGCCUGAAUCAGCACUACGAGCAGGUGGCAGCCUGCUUUGCCAAGCCUCCGUCUCAUCAGCACCAGCAUCCGAAUGCGAUUGGAGGAGGAGCUCCUGUCAAGCCCAAGGUCAGCUAUGCCUAUCAGUUUGGUCAGGUGCAGGUGCAGCAGCAGAAUCAGUACUACCGACCACCAGCUACUCCAACGGUGAGCUACCAGAGGGAAGUCAGUAGCUAUCAGGGAAACCCCUUCCUGCGGCCUCGCCUGCCAGUCUCUCCGGCCCCGCCAAGGCAGCAUCCGAAUGCCAUUGGGGGAGGAGGGUUCAAGGGCCAAACGCCAGCCAAUCCGUUCUAUAGUCAUAAGCAGCCACAGUACCAAACCACACACUAUCAGACACACGACACCCAGCAACAACCACAACAGUAUCACACAACCUAUACACGCACGGGUAAAGUUUACAAUCGCUGCGAAUUAGCCCAAGAGUUGUAUUUCUCACACAAGUUUCCCAUGCAGGAUAUAGCCACCUGGGUGUGCAUCGCCGAGCAUGAGUCCUCGUUCAACACGGCCGCCGUUGGGCGGCUCAAUGCCGACGGCAGUGCCGACCACGGCCUCUUCCAGAUCAGUGAUCUGUUCUGGUGCACACACGGCGGCGGGAAUGGGGGCAAGGGCUGUCACAUCGAUUGCAAUCGACUCCUGGACUCGGACAUCUCCGACGAUGUCAAGUGCAUCCGCACCAUUCACGAGGAGCAUACCAGACUGUCGGGCGAUGGCUUCACCGCCUGGACGGUCUACAACGGCCACUGCAGGCAGAAGACCAGGGCCGACAUAGCCAGUUGUUUUGAGGGAAAGGAUCUCACCCAAGAGAAGGAUAUCAAGCCAAACAAGCCACAAAUAAAUGAUCUGGUUAGGAAAACUCCUGCAAAGCCAAAGGGAAAGAUAUACAAUCGCUGUGAACUGGCCAAGGAGCUGUAUCACAAGCACAGGAUGCCCAUGAAGGAGAUUCCCACCUGGGUAUGCAUUGCCCAGCACGAAUCCUCCUUCAAUACGGCGGCUGUGGGGCGUUUGAAUGCCGAUGGCAGUGCCGAUCAUGGGUUGUUCCAGAUCAGCGAUCUCUACUGGUGCUCCCACGAUCAGAGUAGCGGGAAGGCUUGCCACAUCGAGUGCGAUAGCCUGCUGGACUCGGAUAUAUCCGAUGAUGUGAAGUGCAUCCGGACCAUUCACGAAGAGCACACCAGACUAUCCGGGGAUGGCUUCAACGCCUGGACAGUCUACAAUGGCCACUGUCGGGGCCAGAGCCUGGCACAACUGAGCGACUGCUUCGAUGGAAACGAGAUCUCCAAGGCCGAGAAAGUCAUCCCCAUUGUGGAGAAACCAGAGGAGACGAUUGUCAAGAGUCAGAACUACGUGGGAAAUCCUUUUCUACAAAACCUCCAGGGCGUUAAAAUAAAUCAAAAUCAUGUGCAGCCGCCAAAAGUCACAAAUAAAAUUACAAAUAUUAUUACUUUCUCUCAAGAGCCGCAGAAACCCACUAACCAAUAUGCUGCAAAUCCGUUUUUGCAGAAUUUGCAGCUCCAAAAGGGCUCCUCGAGCAAUCAAGCCAAGCCGAAACCUUUACCCACACCCCCAGCUCCUACAACUCCCUCCCAAAAACCCAGCUACGAUCACAAUCCCUUCCUGAAAGCCCCAGGCUCUAUUGCACAAUCAGUGAUAACGGCGCACCCUGCAGGGGACAGCUUCUCGUAUGCCCAGAAUCCGUUCCUUAGUCUGCUUAGCAAACCGAUUGUUCCAGCUCAAGCACCCAUUAAGUCGAGGCCCAAGCCCUCUCAGCCCCCAGCCUCGAGGCCCUAUGUCAGCAGCGACAGCUUCCGCAAUGAGGUGAUUAAAUUUACGGCCACCUCCACGACAGCCUCAACACCAACUACAAGGCAGCCCAUAAGUACAUCGGGUAUUACAAAGCAAUCUGUAACGACAGCCCCGAAGAGACCCUUCACAGCGGCUACAAGCAAACCAGUCUCAAGCUUGCCGCCUUGGUCGUGGCAAGCAUCUGGCAGAUCAACAACCACCGCUAGGCCCGCGACAGCUGGAAGUGGUAAUCGCUAUACGGCCACAACGAAAGCCUCUCCAGCACCUACUCGCUCUUCCUCCACCACUCGUCCAACUACUCGAACUACUUCCUACCCUACAACUCGUCCAAGUACCCGGCCUACAACCACACCAAUAAAUAGGCCAACAACGACAACUACUAGGCCUACAGCACGCCCUACUAUUCAGUAUAUUCCAACAACUCGCCAAACUUCUACAACUACUAGGCCCACAACCCGUCCUACUAUUCAGUAUAUUCCAACAUCCCGCCCUACUAUUCAGUAUACUCCAACAACUCGCCAAACUUCUACAGUUAAGACGACAAUUCGCUCUUCAGGCUUCUAUAUACCUUCCUCUCAACCAAUAAAAGCAGGAAAAACUACCUCCAUUUAUGUUCAAACAACUCGCCAACCAAUAACCCGAACAUCGACAACUCGCACACCAACAACUCGCUCCACAACAACUUACCAACCAACAACUCGCAAAACAACUCGCCAGCCAACUACUCACCUACCAACAACUCGCUUUACAACAACACGCCCUUCAACAACUCGCUUUACAACAACACGCCCUUCAACAACUCGUCCACCAACAACUCGUUCUCCUUACAACUAUAUAGCGGUAAAUCAACCAACUCGCCAGCCCAUAACAACGAAACCUCCAAGCACACGUUACCCGACAACUCGUCAAAGUAGCACCACACCGAGGCCUUACUUAUUGACCUCGACUACGGCAGCUAGUAAAAUUUCCACAACUAAGGAUCCUUUUGAUCAUCCCUUCUUCCAGAAAUUCAAAGCUAAAUUUGAAAAAACCACUACAAAUCUAUUACAAAGUGGAAAAACCACUACCACGAUACCGAAACACAAAAAUGAAAACACCAGCAGCCCGUAUUAUGCUAAAUACCAGGAGAACAAAGCAAAGAAAGCGGCCAAAACGGUGCUAUCUUAUGAAAUUGGCCAAAACCGAACCACCACCAGCCGGCCAACAAGUGCCUUCGAUGUUUACCGAAAUUGGAACAAGAAGAAUUAAGGGUUUCCAUUAGCGGAUGACACUUUUGAGACUUGUAAAUAAGCGUUAUUGAUCGAUGUAAUUCGGUUAGUUAGCAUAAUGACAGAAUACUCAUGCAUUAUUAAUCUUAAGCCAUAUAAAACUAGGAUUUAGAUAAUAAAAUAAAA